AUGUCUGGAAACGAGCCAAACCCGGUUGGCACCGAGCAACCAAGCACAUGGGAGGAGAAGGAGAUUCCUAGUGACUUUGCACAAGCAGACUUAGGUUACUUUGCGGAACGGCGCAGACGGCUAGCUAGAAGCUCAGCCCCAAAGAGUGAACAUGGCAGCCUGACGACAACUGCCACUGCUGAGCUAAAUAAGAAGCACGAAGAUGGCGAAUCGAUAGGGGCUACAGAUGUAAUUCCACCCAAUGCGGACGACCAUACCAACCCAGCAGUUUCUGGAAUCGCGGUUUUGGACGAGCAGUCUUGUGAAGGAGAGCAAGCGGAGAAAUCUGAAACCGAAUCUUUGAUGGGAGAGGAAAGCCCUACUUUGGAGGGCAACGAGAUGCCGCUUUCGGUUGUGGAUAACAAUGAGACUGAAUCCUCGUUUCCGCAAGACCUGGCACAGGAACUGGAACUGGCCGCUGCUAGCGAUGAAAGAGACGAGGAAGACGGAUACAACCCUACUACUAGAGAAAACAGCUUCCCAGUUAACCUAUCACAAUCAAGUCGGUUGAUAUCAAGCGAUGGUGCGAUGGACGCCGCAAUCGAAACAGGAAAUAACAUCGUUUCCUCUAUCGACAGAGAAUCGAAUCAGAACCCCGAGGCAAAUCUUGACGAGAUUCUUGCAGAACGCGAUUCCUUGAGAAAGAAGAUAGAGCCACAAGAUGAUACGAUGGAAGCAAUGCGUCGAGAAAAUGCUUUGCUAAAGGAACAUCUGGAGUCUUGCAGGAAGAUCAUAUCAGCACGAGAGGCAGAAAUCACAGCUCUCAAGAAAACAACAGUCAAGACAAUUCCAUCUGCUAAUGUUGGUACAAACACCGAGACGCCCGCUAGACAGUUUUGGCAACCAAACUCCCCGAGAAAAGAUGAUAAUGAGCAGGGACUUAUCUCGUCCAAGAAGCCUUCACCAUCGCCGCCAGUGUCUUUACUUGCGAUGCAAAAAGCUACAGCGGUCCGAUUUAUCCGACCUUUUCUCGUUAUGGCAAAGGAUUUAUAUUUCGACUUCGCUAAGGCAGUGAACGUGGGAUCAGUACCAAUUUCUUUAUCGGGGAUGGCAUAUUUCUUCCGAAACUGGGCACAAAUAGCAGUCACUUUUCUAGCAACUCCGUUUUGGGUGCUCAUGAGUUUUUCUGUUUAUGUGUCUAUGCAGCACGAGAGGAGUUUGUGGUUGCAGGCAAAUGCUCUGACUAGGAAACAGCUGUUGGGACAUGUAAGCGGGGCAGCAGGAGAAUGGAAUUGGGACAUCCUUUGCACCAUUGGGAGCGUGAUAUUGUGGUAUUAUGUACAUCUUUAA